AUGGGGAGAAGCAGAAGUCGAAGCAGAGGAAGGAAAUCAAAGAGAAAGAGCAGAAGAAGGAGUUACAGUAGUUCCAGUAGCACAAGUUCAGAUUCCUCCAGAAGUUCUAGCUCUGAUGUCGCCAGGCGCGAAGCUUCGCCGGACGAUGCGUACGACCGGGUUGAAAACAGAUCUCCAGAUCGUGAGCGAGCGCUGGUUCCUGCCUCCGCCGCUGCCAAAUCCGUCGAACACGAUCGCCCGCCACCUCAGAUGGUCAACGAUCCUUACGUAGCCAGAGCUGGAGCGAACUACAACGGGCCGGAGAAACCGAAAGACAGAUGGGUUGCGGAUCAUCCCUUCGCACACAAGAUCGCUGAGCGUGAAGCUAAUCAACGAGGCGGAUUCCGCGGUAGAGGCCGAGGAAGAGGAGCAAUGGCGGCGCAACAAAACAUGGGAGAUAUUGCUGCGCGCCGGAGGAAUUACACUUGUGGCGUACCCGAUCCACGCGCUCCUAAGCCUCAAGAACUGACAGGAGUACCAGAACUGGACAAAGUCAAAAUCGAGGCGGCAAAAGUAGCAAACCAAACUGACGCAGAAAAAUGGAGAAAAGAGCGAGAAAUGCGUUUUGCAAAUGAAUCCGUUGAGGACAAAGAAAAACGACUUGAAGACAGGGCGAAAAGGAGGAAAGAACGCAAAAAAGCUCGACUUUUGGAAGAGCAAAAGCAUGUGGCUCGCGUACUGCAAAAGCCGCUAUCUUUUAUCCAAGCAAUUAUGCGCGGCGAAGUGCCAGAGGAUCUCACGGAGGAGCCACCUCCGCCGAUCCCGGAAAGGGUUGAGCCCGUCUUUCAUCACAAGUUCAAAGAUGCGAUGAACCGAGCUUACAGAAUCAAGUUCCCGAGGUCGUUCUUCUUGAUGUAUGAAUUCAUGCUAGAGCUAAACAAAGAGGACCCGCUGAAUGAACUCGUCAAAAACGGAAUGCAAAUGGUCGGUCCUUACGAAGAGCUACACAAGUGCUACACAAACCCUGGCUACUUGCCCGACCCAGAGAAGUGCAUCCAAAAUCACAUGCGCUACAGAUAUUACUACGACCCGCCGGAACUGCUCGUCUGUAUCAUUUCCGUGCGCGACCACUGGCAUGUCGGCGUCUAUAAUGACUUGCCGCAAGAAACCGCGUCCAUUUGUGUCUCCAACGAUCAGCGCACUGGAGCUAUGUACAGUGUAGCAGCAAACAUCUUCGGCGCCGUCAAAAUCGUCCUUUAUCGUCGAACCCAAACACUUCCUGUACGAACACUGUACGAAGCGCUUAUCGAGUACUGCGAGCGGAACGAGAUCGAUUUCAAUCGAAAAACACCGGAUUUCAAGCGGCGCGAUAUGCUCAUUGUCAAUAAAACAGUGAACGAGGUCGGAUUUGUCAUUGAAGAUUACAACGGCUUCACAGAAGAGAAGGAACAGGAACUUGUCAAUAUGCUCAAAACGCUGAAAAAUUCACAUAAUGAUGGGCUCAUACAGAUGCAUCUCAAGCCGAUCAAAGACCUGUACUACCAAGCAAUGAAAGAGUGCGACGCCGGAAACCCUGGCAUGGCACUUGAAGUUGGUCUAAGCUUGUUUGCCGAUGGCAGCCCGUGCUUAGCUGAUCUCACGCGUCAAUUAUUAGUAUCAGCAUACACAAGGUGCGAUCGUGAUCUCUUCGCCGAAAUUAUCGACGCUCACCUGAAAGAUCGCCGAAAGACUUUAGUUUCUCGUCUGGACCUGAGCGGCUCGAUAACUUUCGCCAGUGUUCCAACAAUGACUGGUCCCGCUUACGAUAAAACCGCGGUCGGAGAAGAGCCAAAGGAACUAUCAGUCCAGGACCGAUUAGAAAUGAUCAAGGCGGGAGUUGAACCCGAACCUGUCAAGCCGAAAUGGGAAGGAACGAAAAUCGUCAAAACUGGCACGAAGAAAUUCGGCGGCUUCGGCUCUGGCGGCCGUCGAGAUGCGUUGAAACUCGCCCAAGCGCGCAAGGAAAAGCAAGAAAAGCUCAAGCAACAAGCUGGUGCUGCGGAAACCGCCGCUGGAGAAGGUGGAAAGCCAGCGAAAAAGGAACGUGUUUCGAAGUGGGGAGCCAAAGCUGGCGGGGGCGCCGACUGGUGA